AUGUCGAACAAAUCAUCGUCCAGAAGUUCCCAAUCAUCCUCCCACCGACCAAAAUUGGCGAGGGCGAGCGCGACAGCGCCCUCAUUGGCCACCUCCAACGCUUCAAGACAGGAUCUUGCAAAUCUUCAAUCAACAAGAGCCUCUGCAUUAUUGACCAGAGUGGCAUCCUACUCGAACGGCUCAGAUCACUCUCAUCAUCCACAUCAUUACAAUGCUCGCUACAGCCCACCAGGCAGCUUGUGUUCCAGUCCGGAGCAGCACUCGCCAACAUCCGACGUGCGGAAACAACCUUAUGGGAUAGCGAACUACCAUUCAAGUAAUUACUUCAGCUUCCCCAGCUUUGAAGACUUUCAGGAUUACCAAGAAAGCCGUGACCGAGAUGGAAGACCCGAGAAGGGGAUCCCGUGA